UUUAAACUCUUCUCGCUGUUCUCACUGGCCGACCUGCCCAGUCGUGCUGAAGGAAAUAUCAGUAAUUGUGUUACUGAUAAACACUGGGGAUUUGUACCGUCUCCUGUCUCUCUGUGUCCUUCACCCUCACUAUCUCUCAUCUCCAGGCUGUGGGAGAUUGUGUUUACAGUCACUGGGUGUCUGACACUGAACAUUAAUGUGAUCAGUAAUUGUGUUACUGAUAAACACUGGGGAUUUGUACCGUUUCCUGUCUCUCUGUGUCCUUCACCCUCACUCUCUCUCAUCUCCAGGCUGUGGAGAGUCGGUCUCACAGAUUCUGGUGCCGAGGAUCUCGUCUCCGCUCUCAGUACAAACCCAUCACUGACGGAGCUGGAUUUGAGUUUUAAUGAACUGGGAGGUUCCGGAGUGAAACUGAUGUCUGCGGCUCUGAGGAAGUCAGAGUGUAAAAUACAGAAACUUGGGCUGAGGGGUGUCGGUCUCACAGAUUCUAGUGUUGUGGAUCUCGCCUCCGCUCUCAGUACAAACCCAUCACUGACGGAUCUGAGCCUGGAAUCAAACUCUCUGACUGACGGAUCUGUCCCUGCUCUCCGCUGCCUCAUAGUGACCCGCCCGAGUCUGAAGCUGAUCUGGCUGGGGGGGAAUCGGUUCAGUGAGACCGGGGGGAAGGAACUGGAGUCUCUGGAGGAACUCAGACCCGGACUGAUGGUGGAUCUGCGGACAUUUAGCCUUUAACCUUUAUCUUACCUGGAACCCAGACCCGGACUGAUGGUGGAUCUGUGAUCCUGUGAACAUCCCCGCCCGCGGGAUGGGGACAUUUGGCCGACUCCCCGCCCUCCCCUUUAACUCCCGCCCUUACCUUUAACGGCCCGCGCGCCGGGGCUGAUUCCCAACGGUUUUAACGGACCCGGCUCGGGCCUCGCGCUGUGUGCGUCGCUCGGAGCGGUCCCGCAAUGACGUGUUUCCGCCUGUUGUCCGGCGGGACAGCUUCCGCCGGAAGUGCGUUACGAGACUCCCGACGUGACUCCCCGGGGAAUUACCCGGACAGGAAGAGCCCGGGGUCCGGGGCUCAGUCUGGGACACCGGUGUCCCGGGGUGAUCCCGGGAGAGAAUCCUUUUGCCCCCUUUGCUGAGGACGGUGCAUUCGGCAGCCUGGCCGAUAUAAUGAUGUUAAAUGGACAAAUCCCUCGGCAGUGACCCUGGAUCUGCAGCGAUCCCGGACACGGCCCUGAAGUGUGUUUUUAUAAUCAUCGGUUCCCCGAUGCAGAGUGACGAUGAGAAACGGGACUGAUUAUUCAACCGGUCACUCCUUGUCGCCGGUCAGUUAAUUGUGUGUGACUGUGAGUGAGUCGGGAGCAGCUUAUUUAUUCCCGCACGUCAGCAGCUCACACAUUGUUUCAUUUACAUUUGUCAUGAUGAAAUAAAUAAACCUGUAACUUCCUGUCCUGG